AUGGAAGAAGAGGAAUCAAAUGCACCACAAAAAGAUAUUUCUUCUUUAGUUAUUGCAUCGACUUCACAUAACGUAAAUUCCACAUACAAUUUAUAUAUUGAACGAAAUCGAAUAAUAAAUGGAAAUAAAGUUAUAAAGGUUGAUAAUUCAAAUUACGCUUUAUCAAAUGAUGGACAAGGAUUAAAUGUACAAUCAUUACAGCAUUCUUUAUUAAAACAUGCUUGGAGAAGUAAUUUUUCUUCUCCCAUUCAUGAAGCACUAAAAACUGGUGGACUUAAAGUAUUAGAUGUCGGAUGUGGACAUGGCGCUUGGUUAUUGGAUAUGUGUAAAGAUUACCCGCUAUGCGAUUUUGUGGGAUUAGAUAUUUCUCCCGUAUUUCCUUCGACGAGUUCCUUAUCUCCAAAUUUAAGUAAUUUAGCAUUCAUACAGUCAAAUGCAUUGGACGGAUUACCGUUUAAAGAUAAUACUUUUGAUUUCGUACAUCAACGUUUGUGGUUGAACGCAUUGAACGUGAGGCAAUGGGAACCCGCAAUUCGGGAAUUAAAGAGAGUUUGUAAGGUUGGCGGUUGGCUUGAGUUGUUGGAAACGGACGUUGUAUAUCAUAAUGAAGGCAUAAACACGAGGAAUUUAAGAGCAUCUCAUGUAUGCCGUCAGAUACCACAUUUCCUUAAAUCAGACGGUUCUUUCGAUGAAGUUAACAAAACGGAAUGUGACAUCCCUUUGGGUUCUUGGAAUGGAAAAUUCGGUGAAUUGGCCAUGAAAAUUAUAUAUGAAGGAUAUAAAGUUAUCUAUCCGGAAUUAAAACCAAUAAUGGAAGUUAACGAAGAAGAGUAUGAGGAGAUUUUAAAUAAAUUUAAUGAAAUUGAUAAUUGGAGUUACUCAAGGUCCGGAAGUUCAAAUAGUACUAUUACGGAUAUUAGCAGAAGUACACAAUCAACUUUUCAAUUAAGUUUUGAUGAUUUAAAUAAAAAAUAA